UGAAAAACCAGACAGAAACAGUGCAUUUGUUACUCUCCUCGUUAAAAGUGUAAUUAUGGGUUCAUAUUUACUGAUAGUAAUCUUCGUGAUGGGAUCGUGUGUUAAUUGCGGUGUGUUAAACUAUAAUAUAGCAACGUUUAGUCAGGUUGUAGAUCAUUUUAAUUGGAAUAUCAAUUUGACGUUUGAGCAGCGAUACCUGUAUUCAAAUGUGUACUGGCAUGCUGAUGGACCGUUUGUGGUUUACACUGGUAACGAAGGUAACGUUGAAGGCUACUGGGAAAACACGGGAUUUGCCUUUGAAAUCGCUAAGCAGUUAAAUGGAUACAUCCUUUUCAUAGAGCACAGGUAUUACGGACAUUCUCUACCUUUCGGCCAAAAGUCUUUUGAUCAUGACAAAAUUGGUUAUUUAUCGAUAGAGCAGGCUAUUGCGGACUAUGCUGUAGUGAUACAACACAUUAAGAAAAAGCUGGGAGCUACAGAAAAUGCCGUGAUUGCUUUGGGUGGAAGUUAUGGUGGAAUGCUAAGUGCUUAUUUACGAUUUAAAUAUCCUAAUGUUGUGGACGCAGCUUUGGCAGCGAGCGCUCCCAUAUACCUCGCAGCAGGUUUAGCAAAUAACCAUUCAUUUUGGGAGGUGGUGACCGCUGACUUUAAGGCUGCGAACGAGCAAUGUCCUAGUAGAGUACAGACUGCUUUUUUGGAAUUGAAAAAACUUCGCGAUUCUGGUCAAUUGGUGGAGAUUUCAAAGAAAUUUCGACUUUGCUCCAACUUGGUUUCUGACAAGCAAGUUGACUAUCUCAUUGGUUGGAUAAGAAAUGCGUUUGCAAGCAUGUGCAUGGGUGAUUAUCCAUACUCCGCUUCUUUCUUUGGAAAUCUCCCAGCAAAUCCAGUUAAUGUUUCCGCCAAUCUCAUCAUGCAAGCGGAAGAUGCUCUCGAAGGACUAGUCCUUGGUACUGGACUCUUCUACAACAGCACAAAUAACAAUACUUUAUCAUGUUUUGAUCCAUUUACAGAGUAUUACUUUUGUUCUGAUCCGACGGGUUGUGGAUUGGGUCCAAACAGUUUGUCAUGGGACUACCAGGCUUGUACAGAGAUACUCCUUUCUAGCGGUACGAAUAAUAUCACGGAUAUGUUUGCACCGUUACCUUGGACACUAGACAUGAGAGCAGAGUAUUGUUUAAAGACAUGGGGUAUCGGGCAAAGACCGGGUUGGUUCGCCACUUCACUGUGGGGGAAUUCUAUCCAAUCUGCAUCUAACAUUAUUUUUUCAAAUGGUGAGCUUGAUCCAUGGAAAAACGGUGGAGUUUUAGAGUCUCUCUCGGAUACAAUUAUUGCUUUAUUGAUAGACGGUGCAGCGCAUCAUCUUGACUUGAGAUCACCCAACCCGAAAGAUCCUCCGGCUGUUGUCGCUGCAAGAGAAGCUGAGCUGUUUUUCUUGAAAAAAUGGAUUUUAAGCGCAAGAGAAAAUCAUAAAAUUAUAUGAACGUUCCGUGUUUUUGUUGAAGAUGAAUGAUUGAAAAAAAUAAAAAAUGGACAGGAAAAAUGGCUAGAAAUAAUUACAAUGCCAGGAUAACUGCAGGGGAUUCCAAUGAUUGGGAAUUAAAAUAAUCUAUUUUUACUGUCUGAAAAUGUAUUAAGAAACGAUAGAAAGCUAUUUUUUGAAAAAUACAAAUAAUCUAAAACAACGAAAAUUUCGAGUUCAAAAACACUGUUUGAUAAAAUUGUAAGUAAAGUAAUAGUGAUUUUUAGUGAUAGCAUAAUACAUUUAUUGCUCUUUAAUGAACAAA